GAAACGCACUCAUCCAGGCAUGAACUUCUUUUCCGGAAACUCACAGCUUGCAAAGUCUAACCGGGAUGUAUUGAAGGUCAUAUUAAUUGUAUUUGCCAAGUUAAAUCCAGGUAUAAUAUAUGUUCAAGGGAUGAAUGAAAUCUUGGCACCUCUAUUUUAUGUAUUCAGAAAUGAUCCCGAUGAAGAAAUGGCGGCCGCUGCUGAAGCUGACUCAUUCUUUUGUUUUGUUGAGUUGCUGAGUGGAUUCCAAGAUAAUUUCUACAAGCAACUUAACAACAGCAAUGUUGGAAUUCGUUCCACAAUUACCCGGUUGUCACAAUUUUUGAAAGAACAUGAUGAAGAGCUUUGGCGUCAUCUAGAGAUCACAACUAAUGUAAGAUAUCAUUGCAAAAUCCAAACAUCUUGUUGUAUUGUUUAGAUUUUAUCUUUUCAUACAUUUCUUGUCAUCUUCUGUAUCUGGGUCAUGCUUACCUAUUACAACAACCCCACUUAGGGGGACAAUUAAGCCAAUAUGAACUGUAAAAGCUCAAGAUCUCUACUUGAAACUCCA